AUGUUAGUAUUGAAAAACAUGUUCCUUGACAAAAUAAAACCAACUACAGAAAUAAACGACGCAAGACUGAAAGAUUGGGUAAAAGCUUUCCCAUUCACAAAAGAUAUUAUUGGUAACAUGGAAAGAAAACCAGAAUGGCUACAAAAACAUAUAUUUGGAAACGAGCUUAUUCCAUAUGGACAAGCUCUGUUUGAAGAGCUUGAACCAGAAACUCAGGAAAGAGUCAUGCAAACAAUACGCGAAGACUCAAAUACAGACUAUGACAAACUCUUUCUAGGAUAUAGGUUACCUGAGAUGGGCGACCAGAGCCCAAAGGCAAAAAGGACAUGGGAAAUUUGCAACAUACUAGGUGAACAUGAGGCAAAGAUGCAACAACUUGAAGCAGAGGGCAAGUUACCAAAGCGACACCAAAGAAGAAGAGUAGAACAAAGUGAAAGUAGUGAAGAAGUAACUUCAUCUAGUGAAAGUAGUGGCAAUGAAGGAAAAAGAAGAGUUAAAAACUCAGUCAGGAAGAAAGUAAAGCUUGGUCCACGUGGGUUCUAUUAUGACAUAUAA